CGACACCACUUGUUUCCGCUCUGCUACCAGGAAUUAUCCCGAAAAGUUAACAUGUCAGCCACGGCUUCACCUUCUGUGCUCUGCGGACACUUGUUGACGGAAGGAAACCGAUGUAGACUGUCCAAGGACCAGUCCUGUUUGAGGUUCCCAGCCUCCCCCUCUGCCCCCAGGAAAUGGGUUUCUCCCCCACCUCCUCCCAAACACCUCCCCAACACACACUUUUUCUCUUUUUCUUUUUGGUGCUCCACGAGGGAGAUCUGCUCAGUAAUGGGAUUGCACAACCUGGGCUGGAAGCAGGUUGCAAUUGUUGGAGCGACACCGUUGUCCUUGACAACAUUCGUCUGUGCAGGUGAACUCAGACUGGCAGGGGGAGGGGGACAAGAAACAAGGGGAAAUGUAACAAUGAAACCAGGGAGCACUCUCAGCCAAAACCACCAAGGAGUGAGUAAAAGCAAAGCAUCGAACCAAGACAAUAUCGGGGAGUUUCACUGUGGGAUUUUCUCCAACUCCUUUUUCCUCCUUGUCCCCACCCUUUCCUUUUUCUUUUUUUUUAAUUGUGUUUGUUUUUUAUACUCUUAUCAUUUUGCUUUUCGACCUGCUGGAGGGGGAGGGAAUCCUCUCGUGGGGGUUGGGGGAAUGAACAAACACAAAAACAAACAAACAUUCAAACUUAGGGAAAAGGCAACAUACGGCAGCAAAAGAGGCGGGAAAGGAUUCUGCCUAGCUGAGAACAGUCUCUCUUGCCACCAACUGCCGUUGCCGCUGCUGCUGCUGCUCCUUCUUCAUCUUCCUCCCCACUCUUCAACUCCCGCCUACCACACUGCCGUGUUGGGACCUUCUUCCACCAUCUGGAUCCUCCAACACACCCUGCAUUUGGAUGCAAUUGUCGUGUCGCUCGUGCUGCAUCAAUAUCAGUAUUAUUAUUUAUUUGUUGGUUUUUAUUUAUUUAUUUAUUUGAUUUAUUGGGUUUUUCAACAAACAGAAGAAGAAGAAAAGAGGGUAAUUUUGGUUUUUUUCCAUGAGUGUGCAUGUGCAUACCACUGGCACUUCGUUCAUCUGAGUGAGACGAGGAGUCAGUGCUAUGGGCAAGUGAAUCACGAAGCUACUGUAAACUUUAAAAAUUACUGCAAGAUAUUUUUAUAAACCUUUUUUUUUUUUGAUGGGGCUGGUGGGUGGGAGCGGGUGGGCAAGGACUGUUUUUUGUGUUUAAGUUAUUAUUAGGUCUUGGUUAUUUAUAUAUACAUAUAUAUAUUUAAAAAAUUAAGCUGUUAGAUAUAUCUUCUGUUAAUUACUGUGUAGAGGCGACACUGAUUCCUAUUUAUUUUGGGGAGAGGGGGAAAAAAGGUAGAAAAAACCUUAAAUGGUCCUGUUGUGAACUUGACAUUUGUAUUUUAUUUUUUUGGUCUUUUUGCCCUGAGAGCUACACGACCAAGUGUAAUUUAUUCUGGCCCAAGUUCAAAGGUUAAAACAAACAAACACGGUUGUAAACGUCAAAGACAAAAAAUCACAAUGAGAAACACUUCUUUACUGAGGUUUUAAGAAUGUAGGGUUAGCAUUAGAGUGCACUUCUCUUAUGACCUUCAAUUGCUGUUUGUUGGGUUCCUCUGGGUGUAUGUUGUACUACAAGAAUUUUUUUUUUUUUUUAAAUGAUAACAUUGGACAGUUUCUCUCUUUUUGUUGUUGUUGUUGUUGUUUACUUUGUCGUUCCCCCCCACCCCACCCUUCGACCGGUUUCACUUGUACAUAGGUUUGAAAUUUAAAAAAAAAAUAAGUAAGGCACAAUUGGGAUGGUAACCUUUAACCCUUGAGCUUUCCUUGUCCCCCAAAUGGAAGAGAUUUAUUUUAUUUAUUUUUGGGUUGUUUUUAAUUUAUUAUUUUUUCCUAUUCUUAAAAUUGUAUUGCUGUGUGCAUGUCAGAUGCCGUGGGGGUGAUGGCUGGGGAUGGGGGGAGGCCAGGGUGCAAGAGGGGGGGCAGUUUUAAUUGCAUGACAUUGCUGUAAAUUAGUCUCUUUUGCUUUCGUUGUCUUUCCUGCCUCUGCCCUCUCUCUCUGCCCCUCCUCCAGGAUCUCCUGCAACCACCUCCAUCCUCUUUUCCCUCUUUUCUCUCUGUGUAUAGAUUUUUGAUGCUUCUGUUACAUUGUACCUCUACAAAAGGCUGGGAUUUCGAUACAAAAUAAUAAUAAUAAUUUACAAAAAAAAAAAAAAAAAACCUAUAUCAGCAAAACCCAUGCGGUACAAGCAGGAAGGGGAUUACUUACACAAGAUAUAAGAAUAAACGAAAGCAAUACCUCUUGUUAUCCUUCCGAUUUUGUACUUUAACGACACACAUGUGCGCACACACACACACACACUCACAGAAACCAACUGACAUUAUUUAACAGUUUAAAAUGGACAAAAAAUCUGAUGUAUCCCUUGUUAAAUAACUGUGAGCAACUUUAGUUCAAAAAACAAUAAAUUCAUUCAGUAAAGACACUA